AAACGUAUUGGGAACGUCACAUAACUCACUUUUUGUCCUCGGUUUGUAGGAACUCGUCUGACGUUAUCGACGCUCGGCCAACAAAACAACAAGAAAACCACUAACGUCCUAUCGACCCGAGCCAGACAACAGCCGCAGUGUUAUAAGUUCCGAGUUUUUGAGAGUGACAGUGAACGCAACAGGAGCUGGGGCGGUCCUUGGAGUUCGUCCCAAAGCGAGCCCGAAGUCAGUGGAGUUUUCCCGCAGGAAGCACCGCGCGCCGGCCCGGUUCCCCGUCACGUCUCGAAGCCAGCAUGCCGACCACGGAGAAGGACCUGGCGGACGACGCGCCGUGGAAGAAGAUCCAGCAGAACACGUUCACCCGCUGGAUCAACGAGCACCUGAAGUGCGUCAACAAGCGGAUCGUGGACCUGCAGCUCGACCUGGGCGACGGCCUGAGACUCAUCGCGCUGCUGGAGGUCCUGAGCCGCAAGAAGAUGCACCACCGCUUCCACCAGAGGCCCAACUUCCGCCAGAUGAAGCUGGAGAACGUCUCCGUGGCUCUGGAGUUCCUCGACAACGAGAGCAUCAAACUCGUCUCCAUCGACUCCAAAGCAAUCGUGGAUGGCAACCUGAAACUGAUCCUUGGUCUGGUCUGGACUCUGAUCCUGCACUACUCCAUCUCCAUGCCCAUGUACGAGGGCGAGGAUGACGAGUCCGAGUCCAAGACCCCCAAGCAGCGUCUGCUGGGCUGGAUCCAGCACAAAGUCCCGGACAUGCCCAUCACCAACUUCAGCCAGGACUGGAGAACGGGAAAGGCACUGGGAGCACUGGUGGACGGCUGUGCGCCAGGUCUGUGUCCAGACUGGGAGACCUGGGAUCCAGUGAAACCAGUGGAGAACGCCACUGAAGCCAUGCAGCUAGCAGAUGAAUGGUUGGGAAUCCCGCAGGUGAUCGCUCCGGAGGAGAUUAUCGACCCUCGGGUUGAUGAGAUGUCAGUGAUGACAUACUUGUCUCAGUUCCCCAAAUCCAAACUAAAGCCAGGAGCACCCCUAAAGCCCAGGCUCAACCCCAAGAAGGCCCGUGCUUAUGGACCAGGUAUCGAACCUACGGGCAACAGGGUGCUCCGCCCCGCGGUGUUCACAGUCGACACUUUCAGCGCCGGGCAGGGUCAGGUCACCGUCUAUCUGGACCAACCGGACGGCACCAGAGAGGAGCUGAAGGGGGAGCCCAACGAGGCCAAGAAGACCUACAAAGUCUCCUACGUCCCUCAAGUCCUGGGACCCCACAUGGUGACCGUGCUGUUUGCGGGCCAGCCCAUUCCCAAGAGUCCCUUCCAGGUCAGCGUGGACAAGGCGCUGGGCGAUGCCUCCAAGGUGGCGGUGAAAGGGCCGGGGAUCGAACCCGUGGGCAACGUCGCCAACAAACCCGCCUACUUUGACAUCUACACUGCCGGGGCGGGCAAAGGAGACGUGACGGUCACCAUCAAAGACCCGCAAGGCCGUGACAACAGCGUGGAGGUGAUGAUAGAGGACAAGGGCGACAGCUUGUACCGCAGCACCUACCGACCCACGCAGGCCGGCCUGCACACGGUCAGCGUCACCUUCGGCGGCGCCGCCGUCCCCAGGAGUCCCUUCACGGUGGACGUGGGCCCAGCCUGCUUGCCGGGGGCCUGCCGGGCGAUGGGGCGUGGCCUGCAAGGGUCGGGUUUGAGGGUGAAACAAGUGGGCGACUUCCGGGUGGACGCCAGGAACGCCGGCAGUGGAGAGCUGAAGGUGGUGGUCAAAGAUCCCAAGGGCGGCGAGGAGCGGGUGAAGCAGAUAUCCAGUCAGGACAGCGUGUACUCGUACGAGUAUUACCCCCUCAGUACCGGGAAAUACACCGUGGCCAUCGCCUGGGGGGGGCAGCAUAUCCCCAAGAGUCCCUUCGAAGUGGUCGUGGGUCCGGAGGCGGGUUCUCAGCAGAUCAGGGCCUGGGGUCCGGGUCUAGAAGGAGGGAUUGUGAGUAAACCCGCCAUCUUUGUGGUGGAGUCUGUGGGCAGCGACGUGGGCGUGCUGGGUUUUGCCAUCGAGGGGCCGUCGCAGGCUAAGAUCGAGUGCGAGGACCAGAACGAUGGCUCGUGUGACGUCCAGUACUGGCCCACGGAGCCCGGAGAGUACGCCGUCCAUGUGACCUGCGACGACGAGGACAUCGAACACAGUCCCUUCAUGGCCUACAUCCUGCCUGACCGCCACAACAAUGACCCCGGCAAGGUCCAAGCGUUCGGACCCGGACUUGAGAAGAGCGGCUGUUUGGUCAACGAAGCGACAGAGUUCACUAUCAGCGCUAAGGAUGCUGGGAACGGACCUCUAAAGAUCAUGUCACAGGACGCGGAGGGCCUCCCUGUGGAGGUGAAGGUGCGCAGCAAGGGCGAGGGUCUCUACUCCUGCUCCUACACGCCCACCUCGGCGCUGAAGCACACGGUGGCCGUGGCCUGGGGAGGAAUCAGCAUCCCCAACAGCCCCUUCAGGGUCAACGUAGGCAAAGGCAGCCACCCCAGCUUGGUCAAGGUGUCGGGCCCCGGCGUGGAGACCAUGGGCCCCAAAGCCAACGAGCCCACACACUUCACAGUGGACUGCUCCGGAGCUGGAGAUGGUGACGUCAGCGUGGGCAUCAAGUGCGACGCCAACAUGGUGGGCGACAGAGAGGCGGACGUGGACUUUGACAUCAUUCCCAACGCCAACGACACCUUCACCGUCAAGUACAUCCCGCCGGCUGCGGGGAAGCUCACCAUUAAAGUCCUCUUCACCGACAAGGAAGUUCCACAGAGUCCAUUCCUCGUCAAAGUGGAUCCCUCCCAUGACUCAUCCAAGGUCAAGGCCGAGGGUCCUGGACUGACUCCCACUGGCGUUGAGAGUGGAAUACCCACUCAUUUCACGGUACUCACUAAAGGAGCCGGGAAAGCGCCGCUGGACGUUUCCUUCUCGUCGCCCGUCAACGACUUCGACGUCAUCGACAACUACGACUACUCUCAGACUGUCAAAUACACGCCCCUCACCCCGGGCGCCAUGAGCAUCGCGGUGACGUUCGGCGGUGACCCCAUCGCCGGGAGCCCCUUCACGGUGGGUGUGGCGGCCCCCCUCAACCUCAACAAGGUCAACGUGGACAACUUGGACGGACGUGUGGAGGUGGGCCAGGAGCAGAGCUUCAAGGUGGACACAAAGGAAGCGGGGGGUCAAGGUCGCUUGGAAGUGCAAGUGCUGAGUCCCAGCCAGCAAGCAGUGCCCUGCAAAGUGGACCCCCAACCUGGAGAAGCCGACGUCUGCCUGGUCCGUUACACCCCCGCGGAGGAGGGGCUCCACGCAGUAAACGUGUCCUAUGAUGGACAUCCUAUCCCUGGCAGCCCCUUCCCUGUGGAGGGACAGCUGCCUCCGGACCCGAGCAAGGUAAAGGCAUUCGGUCCGGGCCUGAAAGGAGGUCUGGUGGGGAACCCGGCACAGUUCACCAUCGACACCAAAGGCGCCGGGACAGGAGGACUGGGUCUGACGGUGGAGGGUCCGACGGAGGCCAAGAUCGAGUGCUCGGACAACGGAGACGGGACCUGCUCUGUCUCCUACCUGCCUACAGAACCCGGAGAAUACCUGGUCAACAUCCUGUUCGAGGAGAUCCACAUCCCAGGCUCGCCGUUCAGGGCGGACAUCCAGAUGCCCUUCGACCCCAGCAGGGUGGUGUCAUCUGGGUCGGGCCUGACCAAGGCCAAGGUGGGGGUGCCCAGCGUGGUCAAUGUGGACUGCUCUCGGGCCGGACAGGGUCAGCUCAGCCUGGAAGCGGUCCCGGACCCGUCCUGUGGUUCUGCACUCUCAGGUGUGAAAGCCCAGACGGAGGUGGUGGACAACAAAGACGGGAGCUACACGGUCACCUACGUGCCUCUGACCUCUGGUAUGUACAUGCUGAUGCUGCUCUAUGGAGGCAAAGCUGCUCCUGGUUUCCCAGCCAAGGUGAUGGUGGACCCCGCCCUCGAUGUCUCCAAGGUCAAAGUGUUUGGACGCGGAGUGGACGGAAAAGGUGUCUUCUUGGACGCCACCACGGCUUUUACAGUGGACGCUCGUCCUCUGAGCCGGCGAGGAGGAGAGCACGUGAAGGUGGAGGUCAGGAGUGCUUCCGGAGCGCUGGCGGACUGCGUGGUCCGGGACAACGCUGACGGGACGUACAGCGUGGAGUACACGCCUUUUGAGAGCGGUGACCACAGCGUCCAGGUUCUCUAUGACAACACCCCGGUCCUAAAGAGCCCUGUCAAGGUUUCUGUGUCCGAGGGCUGCGACCCCACCAGGGUGACGGCCACCGGGCCCGGGCUCCAGAAAGGCCUCACUGACAAGACCAACAGCUUCAACAUCAUCACCAGGGGAGCAGGCACAGGUGACCUUGGCAUCACCGUGGAGGGUCCUUCCGAGUCAAAGAUGGCGUGCAAAGACAACAAAGAUGGCAGCUGCAGCGUGGAGUAUGUUCCCUUCACGCCCGGCCUCUAUGACGUCAACAUCAUGUACGGAGGACAGCACAUCCCUGGAAGUCCCUUCAAGGUUCCUGUGCAGGACACUGUGGACCCCUACAAGGUCAAGGUGUCCGGCCCAGGUGUGGGUCAAGGGGUCAGGGCCCACAUUCCUCAGUCCUUCACUGUGGACUGCAAGAAGGCGGGCAAGGCCCCGCUUGCCGUGACCGUGGCCGCCCCCAGAGGUGCCUUGGAGCCGGUGGAGGUGGUGGACAACCGGGACGGAACCCACACCGUGUCCUACACGCCCUCUGUGGAGGGCAUGUACAGUGUGGACGUCCUGUAUGGGGAGGAGGAAGUCCCUUCCAGCCCCUUCAGGUUUCGGGUCCUGCCCACUCACGACGCCAGUAAAGUGCGAGCCAGCGGCCCAGGCCUGACCGGCAAAGUCCUGGCCAGCUUCCCGGUGGAGUUCAACAUUGACGCCAAGCAAGCGGGCCAAGGACAGCUCAGCGUGCUCAUCACCGACCAGGAUGGUAAACCUAAGCUGCCCAGUAUCCAUGACAACGAAGACGACACGUACCAGGUGUCCUACAUACCCGACCGUGCGGGCCGCUACACUAUCGUCAUCAAGUAUGGCGGCGAUGACAUCAUGACCUCGCCCUACAAAGUCCAGGCCACGGCGACGGGCGACGCCAGCAAGUGCAUCGCCACCGGCCCCGGAGUGGGUCCCAGGGUGGCCAUUGGCGAGGAGCUGGCCCUGCUGGUCAACGCCAAAGGAGCCGGGAAGGGCAAGGUCAACUGCGUGGUCGUGCGGCCGGACGGCAGCGAGGUGGACGCUGAGGUCCUGGAGAACGAGGACGGCACCUUUGACAUUUUUUGCACGGCCCUGGAGCCCGGGAACUACGUCAUCUUUGUGCGCUUUGGGGGAGAGAACAUACCUGGAAGUCCCUUCAAGGUCACGGCCACCAACGAGGUACCCAUCAUCCAGGAGCAGACCCCGCUGCAGCAACAAGCUGCUCCAUUGGGGGCUGGCUUUCGACCCUGGCAGGCGACCUCAGACCACUAUGAGGUGGUCAGUGACAGCGUAAACGGAGGCAGCUUCAGAUCUUUUGACCUGGUCAUACCUUUCUCCGUCCAGAGGGGACAAAUCACCGGCGAGGUGCUGAUGCCUUCAGGGAAGUCCACCCAGCCUCAGAUCACGGACAACAUGGACGGGACGGUGACGGUGCAGUACUCGCCCACCGAGGCCGGCCUGCACGAGAUGCACAUCAAAUACAACGGCACGCACAUUCCAGAGUCUCCUCUUCAGUUCUUUGUCAACCACGGCAGCAGUCCCAACGUCACAGCCUACGGUCCUGGUCUCUGCUAUGGCGUCGCCAACAAGACGGCCGCCUUCACCGUCAACACGGACGACGCCUCAGAAGGAGGUCUGGACCUGGCCAUCGAGGGUCCGUCCAAGGCAGAAAUCAGCUGUGUUGACAACAAGGACGGCACCUGCAGCGUCAGCUACCUGCCCACGCUGCCGGGAGACUACAACAUCCUGGUCAAGUACAACAACAAACACAUCGCCGGCAGCCCAUUCGCCGCCAAGAUCACUGAGGACAAACAACGUCGCUCUCAGGUCAAACUGGGCUCAGCGGCCGAUUUCUUCCUGGACAUCAACGAGACGGACCUCAGUCUGCUGAACGCCACCAUCAUGGCGCCGUCGGGCCGCGAGGAGCCCUGCCUGCUGAAGAGGAUGUCCAACAACCACAUCGGUAUCUCCUUCAUCCCCAGGGAGGUGGGCGAGCACCGCGUCAGCAUCACGAAGAACGGCCGCCACGUGCCCAACAGCCCCAUCUCCAUCGUGAUCGUGCAGUCGGAGAUCGGCGACGCCGGCCGGGUCAAAGCUCACGGCGACGGCCUUGUAGGGGGCGCCACUUUCAACGAUACCAGCUUUGUCGUGGACACGCGAGAGGCCGGCUACGGCGGGCUGGCUCUGGCCAUCGAGGGUCCCAGUAAGGUGGACAUCCAGACCGAGGACAACGAGGACGGGACGUGCCGGGUCACUUACUGCCCCACCGAGCCCGGGAACUACAUCGUCUCCAUCCGCUUCUCUGAGCAGCACAUCCCAGGAAGUCCGUUCACAGUGCCGGUGACGGGGGAGGGCCGCAUCCGGGAGAGCAUCACCCGCAAACAGAGGGCGGCGCCCGUCGCGAGCGUGGGCAGCGUCUGUGACCUCAGCCUGAAGAUACCAGGUGCCCUGGACAUGCGUGACGUGACGGCCGAGGUCACGUGCCCUUCUGGGUCCAGUCAGCCCGCCCAGCUGCUGGCCAUGGGCGACGACACCCACUGCGUGCAGUUCGUGCCCUCCGAGACAGGCGUGCACAAGGUGAGCGUGCGGUACCGGGGCAGGCACGUGCCCGGCAGCCCCUUCCAGUUCACCGUGGGGCCGCUGGGCGAAGGCGGUGCCGCCAAGGUCAAAGCUGGAGGUCCGGGACUAGAGGAGGCGCUGGCGGGAGAGCCAGCUGAGUUCAGUAUCUGGACCAGAGAGGCCGGCGCCGGGGGUCUCUCUGUGGCCGUGGAAGGACCCAGCCGGGCCGAGAUCUCCUUCGACGACCGCAAAGACGGAUCCUGUGGCAUCUCUUACGUGGCCCAGGAGCCCGGGAGCUACGAGAUCGCCGUGAAGUUCAACGACCAGCACAUCCCAGACAGCCCCUACCUGGUCCCUGUGGUGGCCCCCACCUACGACGCCAACCGCCUAAAUGUGACCGGCCUUAAGAAGUCUGGUCUGAAGGUCAACCAGCCGGCGACGUUUAAUGUCUGCAUGGAAGGAGCCAAGGGCCAGCCGCAAGCCACGGUCACCGGGCCCUCUGGAGGCCGAGAGGAGUGUGUCAUCAGCCCGCUGGAAAAAGAUAAGUACGCCAUCCAGUUCAUCCCCAGGGAGACGGGCCUCCACACAGUCGACGUCAAGAUGGGCUCGCAAGUCCAAGGAACGUCUUUCACCGUUCUGGUCGGGAAGCCUGAACAAGCCGGAGAAGCUGGUCUGGUCUCAGCGUAUGGUGCAGGUCUACAGCGGGGCACCACAGGCUCCCAGUCCGACUUCGUCAUCGACAACACGGAGGCGGGGCAGGGGCCUCUGGCGGUGACCAUCGAGGGCCCGUCCAAGGUCAAGAUGGACUGUCUGGAGGUGGCUGAGGGCUACAAGGUGCACUACACGCCCAUGGCUCCAGGGGACUACGUCAUCAGCAUCAAGUAUGGAGGCCAUGACCACAUCACAGGAAGUCCAUUCAAGGCCAGAGUCUCAGGUCCUCCACUGGUGAACGUGACCAGCGCCAGCGUGUCGUCCACGCUGACCGUAGAGGCGCCCGGCCGCAGCCCCGCCCCCACGCCAGCCUCCUCGGACGCCAGCAAGGUGGUGAGCAGAGGCCUCGGACUCAGCAAGGCCUUCGUGGGCCAGAAGAGCAGCUUCUCCGUGGACUGCAGCAAGGCCGGCAAGAACAUGCUGGUGGUGGGCGUCCACGGCCCCGAGGUUCCCUGCGAGGAGGUUCUGAUCAAGCACCUGGGAGACCUGCAGUACAACGUGGGCUACGUGCUGCGGGAGCGCGGAGACUACGUCCUGGUGGUCAAGUGGGGCGAGGACCACAUCCCCGGAUCGCCCUUCCACGUCACCGUCCCAUGAUGCUCAGCUCUUUACACUAAAUUAUUCCCUCUUUUGGUUUUUUUUAGCAAUUUAAAACUUUUACAUUUCUCCUCAAUAUGGAACAAAUGGGUCUUUUUUUUAUCUUUUUUUUUUAAAUCUCACCCAUAUUGGUAAAAGUAGAUCAAUAUUGCUGCAAGAAGUAGCAUCUCAAAAUGUUUCCAAAACUUCUAAACUGGAAUUCAGAGUGUUUACGAGCCGUGUGUGUGUGCACAGUAGGUCUGGGUUCCUUUUUUUAGCCUCAUCCCUGAGAGAUGAUACAGUAUUGUCUGCUCGUUUUGAGCAAACUGCAGCCAGUCCUGGAGUUGCUCGUGCUAAUGCAGGAUUCUCACAGGAAUGAGGCAAAAAGCCAACCUGACCUCCUUUUUAUGUGGAUGUGAGAACAAGCGAGUGCCUCAUGUGUCCCCACUCCAGCAGGGGUACACUUUGGUAUCGAUCCGAUACAAGUACAGAUACCAAUACUUUUUUUGUUGUUUGAAUUGCUUGAAACUCGACUGACUUUGUGAUUAUUUCCUAAUUUGCUCAUCUAAUCACAGUAAAACAGGACAAAAAUAGGUAAAUCCAUUUUUGAUGAACAUUUAUGGACGAUGUAACAAUAUCCACAAGAUAAUUACAAUUAUCUUGUUGGUAUUGUCACUCAAAUACUUGGAAAAUGACUUAUUCCAAACAUUUUUAUUUUUUUUAAACAAAUAGAACCAUAAAAACGUCGAUUUUGGUCCCCACAAGGAUCGGUCUAAUAUGUAUUGAUAUUUGAAUCAAUUCGCCUACCCUUACUCCAACCUUCCAGCAGGGGGCAGUACACUACCCAGGAAGUGACGUUUGCGGCACUUGCUCCUCUCUCAUCCUCCAAAUAACCAAUGAUUAAACUGGGAACUCGGACUGGACUUCCAUGUGGACUACUGAUAGGCAUUCAAUACUUUAUGAUAGGCAUUCAAUACUUUACUUUAUCGGCUUCACUCUGGUCGCAAACAAUGAUUUGAACGUUAAAUCGUGGCGUUUCCCACGCUGGCCUGCACAGUGAAGGCAUCGCCCAGCUGGUCUACUCCGGAAGCUUUCUUGUCACAUAAAAUAUGAUUUAUUUUUUUCUAUGUGAGGGGAAACAUUUUGUACUCUGGACUGGAUGUUUGAAAAGUGAAUCAACCGCUAUGUUAAUGUACAUUUGAUAAUUAAAAUGAA